CUGGCGGAUUCAUUUGAUGUUGAUGGUUUGUAUGUGGAUGGCAAUGACCCGGAUGCCCAUGCCUUGGAACGAGGACUUCCGAGUGUGACUGUUGAUUUUGAUGUUGAGAAAUAUGACCCUGAAGAUGGGGAAGUUAAGUAUGUUGAAGGUUCGGGUUUGGGUGGUUGGGCUAUUUUUGUCGGCUUAUACAGCGAUGCACAAAUAGAUUCGUUGAUUGAAGGUUGUCGAACUGGUGGCCAUGACAUUGGCAUUUUCAACUACGAGAACAAGACUGUGUCUCCGUGCUAUUUUCCGUGUGAUGCCAAGAACUUGAGAAAGACUUUCCCAGCCCCUAUACAUCUUGGCUGCCCGAGGGAAGAGAAAGAGGAGAAGCACUUGUGGCUAACAUGCGAGCCAACGGAGCAUCUUGUAGUGGUCGGGCAGGAAUAUGACCCUGAGGAUAAGGAUGUUAAGUACGUUGAAGGUUCGUCUUUGGAUGGUUGGGCUCUUUUUGUCGGCCUUUAUAGUAAUGCAAUCGCUUUACCGGCGGCUGAAUUCUCGAAGCUUAAUCCCAAUUCCAUUGUUUCACGGAUGCGCUAG